AUGCCCCAGAGCGGGGGGCAGAGUGAGCAGGAGCACCCACAGGGCAGGCGUGGUCUGACGCCACAGGCCCUGCAUCCCAGGGCAGAGACAGAGCGGCAAGGCUCGGCGGCGGCGGCGGCUUCUCUCAUCCGUGCACGGAGCCCCGCAUCGCCACGGCGGGCAGUAAGCUGCAGCCUGGCGCGGGGGACCGGAGCCCCGAAGUGCGGGAGAGACUCGGCUCCGCCUCCGCCUCUGCCUCUAGCCCGCCGCAGGAGCCGCUCGCGCCGCGGCCAUCUUGGAAACGGCGACCGUCCAGCGCCGGGCUACGGCGGGCGGCGAGGGACAAGCCUCCGAGGGCGGCGGCGGGCGCGGGAGCGGACGCGCGGGGAGGGCCCGGGAUGGGAGGGGUGGAGGCGCGGCGACCCAGGCGCCGCAGAGGGAGCAAGUCGGGGUAGCGGCGCUCUGCCCCGGGGGCCGGGGCCUCGCCGCCGCCGUGUGGCUUCGCUCGCGGGGAACGUGCGGUGAGCUGUGCGUGUCUGUGCUCCCAGGUGGUCAGCGGGGGGCGUGCACGGAGGACCCCGGGGAGGGCAGCGCGGCCUCGAUUAGGCGGCAAUUCGUGACUUUUAGGUGCUUUGUGAACUUUAGCAAGAGGAUCGUCGCCAAACGUAGAUGUCAUCCUCAAGAACAGGGAUGGAUGUAACGCAGCCGCUCACAGCUCACGCAGGCGUGAAGGCUUUGAGAGACCUGUGAGCCCUGGGGGGCUGGGGGUGCACUCUGAUGAAAGUGCAAUCUUCAACACACACGUAAAACUCAGGUUUUUGAGACUAUUUAAACAAAGACUCUGGAACAUUAAAGUUACCCUCCUAUCAGCGGGGCGGGAAAGAACACUGAGAUCUAACCUUGUAACCUCAGUAUCACAAGAGAGGGUAUUGAUCCUCUGGAAACUCGGGCUGGAGUGCUCCUACACUGAAGGAAAAAAGAAGACAGUUCUAAAGAUUAUUUCAGAGUUACAGAAAUACUGUUGAAAUUCCACCGCAUCGUUAAUUCAGAGCAUUUAAGGCUUCGCUGUUUUAAGUUGCAGACAUUUACAAAAUCUCCCAUAGGGUGAAAUCCAGAGUUAAU